AUGACCUGAGCUGAAACCAAGAGUCGGGAGCUUAACAGACUGAGCCACCCAGGCACCCCAAGAGAGAACAUUUUAGACAUUACCUAGACCAGUGGUACCCAGCCUGUCUACUCAUUAGGGUUAUCUGGGAUACCUAGAAAGCUGAUGCCCAAACCCCAUCUCCAGAGAUUCUCAUUCCAUUUGUCAAAGGAUUAGGCCUAGACAUCGUUGCUUUGUAAAAACAGCCUGGAGGUUCUAACAUAGAGUCAGGAUUGAGAAGCGCUCCUUUAGAAUAGAGGUCUUGACUUUGGCAUAUAUUAUAACCACUUAAAGACCUUUGAAAAAUACUGACAACUGGGUCUGACCCUGGGAUUCUGAUUUAAUUGGUCUGGGAUGAGACUAGACCUCAGUAUUUCUAAAAGCUCCUAAGAGAACUUAAUGUGCACCCCAGUGUGCGACCCAGUGUCCCAGACCAACGAUUUCAUUUUGCAGUCGGGAAACUGAAGCCUAGAGAUGGGAACGUAUUCCAGAGGCACACAGCAAACUCCCUCUCUCAUACUGCAGAGCACAAAGCACUCGCCUCCUUUAUUUCUAUCUCUGAUCAUUUGCUUCCAUACAAAUAAUCGCAUUUAAUCCUCACAACGCUGGUGAGGUGGUGGGAGGCCAUUACUCCCACUUUAGAGAAGACUGUCCAGGAACAAAACUGUCAAAGUGACUCGCCCAAGGUAGAGGUAAGAACCUAGAAUGUCCGGCCCCUUUUAACCCCAUCCCAUUGUCAUAUGCGGGUUUUAGAAUGAACAGGUCAGUGCUGUGAGGUGGGUUCCAGGUGUACAAGGGAGGGACUAUGAAGUGACGUUCUAGAAUGGUGGAAAGGGUAGGAGAGGAGGCAGGUGACUGUUCCCUCACAAACGGGGGCUUUGGGGCAGACAUGUCCUAUUUCAUGUCUCCACAAGCUCAUCAAGGUCUUCUGCCUUCCAGCCAAGGUGGGGCUGCUUCUCCGGGCUCAUCCCUUGGCCUCUAUAGUGCUGUAGAGCCAGUAGUGGUGGCCCCUGGUGGACUAGGCCCACUGAGCCAGAAACCUGAGCAGGUGGCGCCUGCUGCCCAGGCCCGGGGCCCGGCCCUGGCAGUGCCAGAAGCCAGGGGCUGCCCUGGGGGGGCUAGCUGGGAGACCCUGCGGCGGAAGGAGUACAGCCGAUACCACCACAAGUCCCCCCACGCGAGGCAGCCGGAGAGCUUGGGCUGGGAGGACGGCUGCUCCAGAAACAGAGCUCCCCACCUGGGUGGCCCCAGCAGGCCUGGGCCCCUGCUGCUGUGUGGGCUGUCACCAGGGAUUUUACCCAUGCCCUCUGAGGCAGGGGGGAAGGAGGCCGGCUCCCAGCCUGACAUCUGCAUCCUUACCCUGGCCAUGAUGAUCGCUGGCAUCCCCACCGUGCCUGUCCCCGGCCUGCGGGAAGAGGACCUGAUCCGGGCAGCUCAAGCUUUCAUGAUGGCCCAUCCGGAGCCAGAGGGGGCUGUGGAGGGGGCGCGGUGGGAGCAGGCACGCGCCCACGCAGCCUCUGGGCAAAUGCCCCUAACGAGAUCCAGGAGAGGCCAGCCUCCUGGCUCCUGCUUGUAGCUGGAUGAAAUAGCACCAGACACACAGGGUGGCUUCUCCGUAUGGUUUUUGGGCAGACAGGAUUGGGGGUGCCUGUGGCAAGGAUGGGGACAGGGCAGUCGUUGGAGCUGCUCU